AUGUUGGCCUUCAAUGUCGCAUUAGGCAAAGAUUCUAAGGCUCUUAGUCUUGCUGAUCACUUGUUACUAAUCUUGACGAUUAUAUUGUUCCUGUUACUGAGUGCGGUGUCCGGACGUGUCCUGUAUCAUCAGUACGCGGCCAACCGUAAACGUUCCUCUUGUGCUGAUCCGGGCUCCCACAUUGAGACUUUUGGGGUCAUUUCAGCAGGCAAAGUACCCUAUUCUGAUGUUCCUCAAGCUCCUGUAGCUUCUGCUAAUGCCCUGGGCGGCUCUGAGGCCGCUCUGAUGGAGGAUGAGGGGGCGGCAGCAGCUUCUACAGGUUCCGAGAUGAGACAGAGACUAUUCCUGCUGCUGUUCGUGGCAUCGAUGCUACGUGUCUGCUCUCUGGUUACCGAAGUGGCGACGCUUCAGACUGUGACGGACCUUCCGUCAACGUCAGUGUAUUGCAGACUGUUGGCGCUGUUCCUGUGGUUGCCAUCCAUGUUGUUUGUGUCCAUGAACGGACUUGUGGUACUCUUCUGGGCACAGCUGUGCUACGCUUGUUGGGGAAAGGCCCAUCCGUGGCCAAGAAGGGUAUUUUUUCUCUUUAAUUUGCUUCUCUAUGCUGGCUUUAUGAUGCUGUUUGCGUUGGCGAGCACACCAGCCGGGCUUUGGAGAGGCUGCGACUUGUUACAAGGAGGCGUCUACUUUGUGGGAUUAUUUAUGAUCUUGUAUUACAGCAUCCGGCUGAUUGAUUUUUUUCGUAACCAAAGUCCCGAUGAAGAUUUCUUCUUUGACUUGUCGUCAGCAGCAAUGGGCAGUGGCAACGGACCUACUGGGCGCCAGGGAGGGCUCGUGGCGACUAUUUCACCUCGGCGACUUGUACUACGUAGGAUCACGGCUGUUUGCAUCCUGUUCUGCGUUUUGUUCGCUGUGAAGGCGGUAUAUUUGAUCGGGAUGGGCACUGGCUAUAUGAUAUCAGAGGAGUCACAGUACCGCACACCUGUGGGUGGCCACCACAUCGCGUACGAGUUUAUCAUUCAUUUCUUGACAGAGUUCAUUCCCAGCGCGCUACUGCUUUUUUUCACGCGUCAGGACAAAAAUUUGUCAUCUUAUCGCCAACGUAUUCGCUCGUCAUCCACGACCUCGGCAUCCGCUUCUUUAUCUGGCGGUAGCUACGGUGCGAACAACUCACGUGAUAAGCCUCCGACGCCGAACUAUGUCUAUGCGCCUAUACGUGGUAUUACCUCGGGUCACUCGUGCCAGGAAGAUGCCAUUCCAAUGCUUUCAGGGUAUCAGUAUCAGGCAACACAACGUGUAUAUGGGUCGGCUAGCAGCGCAACGUCGACCUCUACAGGAAACCUCCGCUCAAGCAACACAAGUGGGGCUUUCCUGCUCGAUAGCAUCAGUGGAAGUACAUUUGGCAGUGCAGGCCCCAACACGGGUCCAAACGCUAAGAUGGCGUACCACUAA